AUAUCUGUCAUACUCAUAGGACUCUCAGACUCUGACCACAGACGUGCGAUUGCUGCACACCUCCCAUCCUCCAACCCAAGCGCUUGUCCCCCUGAGUAGCACAGACUCUUAGUCACCAAGAUGAGUGUCUCACUAGGGGGCCAGCAUGUGCGCGCGCGCGCGACCUACCACCAAGGCGUUCGCGCCGUGCGGCCCUGUCAACGACUGGUCCGUGCCCGCGCCACCGCCGAGCCUAUGGUCACCACCAAAGUGGGCUCGGCGCCUGCUCCCCCCACAACGGUGAGCGAGGCGGUGCGGCAGGCGCGCACCGCGCUGCGGCAAUGGCGCGAGGCGGCAGCGGCGGAGGCCAAGUCAGAGGCGGCGCAGCGCAGCGGCGGUGAGGCCUCCACGUCGGCGUCCGCCGGUGCCGGUGCCGCCACCGCCGCCGGCCCGCGGCGGCUCAUUGUGGACCUACCGCUGCCGGCACAGCGCUCAGGCUUCCUGGGGCGAGGCGCGCCCGACCCCGACCUGCUGAUGCUGCUGGACGAGGCGGACUUCCCGGGCGGCGAGGUGCAGCGCUUCCGCGUGCUGCGGCCGCUGGUGGAGGCGUGGCUGGACGGCUACAACUCCGAGUUCCUGGGCUUCCUGGAGGACGGCGCCGACGGCGUGGGGCUGUGGGCGGCCGGGCCCGACACCUCCGUCAUUGCCAACGUCACCAGUGCCACGGUGCCCUCGCUGGUGAAGCUGCUGGAUGGCGGGUACGGCGCCCGCGCUACGCAGCCGGGGCACACGGUCAUUGCGGUCAACCCCACCUGGACCAGCGCCAACAGCGUGGGCCAGCCGUGGCAGUUCGAGCUGCGCCGCCGCGCCGCCGAGGUGCUGGACCCAGCCGGCUGGCAGACGCUGUACAGCGCCCGCAUGCUGCGCAGCAGCCGCGGCGCCAACGGCCUGCUGGUGCGGGCCUGGCCGCACCGCUGGGCGCUGUACCCCGCAGCAACACCCGACGCGCGACACCUGGGCGACUGCGUGCUGGCCUCUCUGGAGCGGCCGCCCACCAAGCUACUCAUAGAGCGCCUGGCGGAGGCCAAACCUGCCAUGGACAAGAAGGCCAAGGAGCUGGGGUUGGAUGAGCCGCGCUGGUUCUGAGCAGUGAGCAGCGCGUGCGGCGGCAGGAACACAGCAAGCAGGCACGCAGGCAUCUGGGCAGGCUGCGGCAAGGAGCGAGAGGGGUUCUGGCGGGAGCCGACGCACCGCCGUGCCGUGCCGCGUGCGGGUGCUGGCGGGGGCGCUGUGGGCGUAGGCGAAUGGGCAUGGAUACUGGAAGAAGCAGAGGUUCUCCGUGUGUGUCUUUUGUGGAUGACUGUUCGGCAUUAACGCAUGCAUCUGCGCACUCGGUUGACGUUGGCAAGGGGUGAUGGCCGCUCCUGAUUUGUAUUAUUUACAGACGGCAUUGCGCCCAUGUGGGUUGUAUUUGCACGGCGCGUAUCCAGUAGUGCAUGGGCAUGCAUGUAGUUGAUGAGUGCCAGAAUACCUAGAGGCAUGCAGGGUCCAGGAACCGUGAUGUGCGGCACAUGCCCGUACAGGAGAUGUGUGUGGGAUUCGUGGAGCUUUGCAUUACCCAAACAGGUUGCUGAGAGAUUAAGCAAGAGACGAAGUUUGCAACACACAAUAUCCUGCAUUACAGCAGAUGGUCUGUUAUGGUGUCCACAGUGCGAUUACCGUGCUCCUCAGGAAGGUGUCUGGUCAUUCCAUCGUGUGGCGUUCACACGGCCGGCACGACGGCCGCUAGUAGAACACAUUACAAUCUCGUCGCAGCAGCGAAUCCUUGUUCGCUAUGAUACGUAGCUAGGGAGCGUCGGCAAUGCCCCUACCUAAGCCCGAGCCUGCUUGUACGGUACCUAACCAGCAGACCGUGUAGACCGUGCACGGUUGGUGGAUGGGCAGGCAGCAGGCAGGCCUCAACACCACAAGGUCA